UUUAAAUGUUUAAGAAGCUUCAUUUAAAAUUAAAUUAAAAUGCAGCGCCCCCAGGCCCAGUGGCCAGGACCCGGCCAGUGUGAGUGCCACUGAAAAUCAGCUUGCAUGCUGCUUUUGGCACAUGUGCCAUAGGUUACCUACCCCUGCUGUAGACUACAUACUUCGUAGGAGCAAUCCCAUCUCUUGAACCUUCCUCCCUUUGACACUUACAUGGCUAAUGAGAACAUUCACAGUGACAGUGAAUAAGAUAAAAUAUGCAAGGGGAGUGACAAUUCAAGGCCAAAGCCAAUGUCUGACAGGUUAAGAAGAGAUUUCCCCCAUGAUCGGGUUAUUUUCUAGUUGCCCACUAUUACAAAGACCUUGAUGUCAUAUUAUGAAGUAUGGGGUAUGAGCCGCAUAAGCAACACUAUACUGAUUAAGAGGGACCACAGGUCUGAUCUGCUUUGUCAAUUUUUAUGUUCCCUCCCAGCUAUCCCACAACACACAAGCUACUUGGUUCCCAAAAUAAUUCAUUUUGCUGCCCACCACAAAGGGUUCCAUGGAUGAUAGAUUCACAACCCGUGUUCUAAUAAACUAAUAAUGAACAGAAAAACAAGACUCAGGCCUGCUACCCCACACUUCCAUCUAUAUCUCCUGGUGGCAGGGCUAGGGAAUUAUGGGCUGCGAGGAACCCGUCAUAAUGUGGGCAUGGCGGUGCUCAAUCAGCUGGCCCAGAAGUUGAACGUCGCUGACCAGUGGAAAGUGGACAGACACUGCUGCGCAGACGUGACCAUCACCAAUGUGGAGGAAGCAGAGCUGGUGCUGAUGAAACCUCGGCGGCUCAUGAACAUCAAUGGCCUCAGUGUAGCAAGUGCUGCUGAAACUUACAACCUCGGGGUAGAAGACAUUUACCUGGUUCACGACGACCUGGACAAGCCGCUGGGGAAGAUGGCGAUAAAGCUGGGAGGCAGCGCAAGGGGGCAUAACGGGGUCCGCUCCUGCAUCAGCUCCCUGUACUCAGAUUGCAUGGUGCGGCUCAGGGUUGGCAUUGGCCGGCCGGUGGGGGAAGCCAUGGUGGAUCACUACGUGCUGGGCCAGUUCGCCAGCGCUGAGCGCGAGGUCCUGCAGCGCGUCCUGGAGCAGGCGGCCGACCUGCUGCUGGAACACAUCCUGCAGAGGAGCAGUGGCAAGGACCUCACGCCCCCUGGCGACAAGGGGGACAGGACCCCUCAUUAACCCUUUGAGCUGGGGGAGUUUUUAUGAAUAUGGUGCUGACGGAAAGCAGUGGUCCUGGACUCCUUCAUGGGCCUCUGGGCACAGCUGCCGGGGUGGGCUGGGGGAGCUAAGCAGAGAGCACUGACCCCACAAGUUGUGCUGUGCGGGGAAGCUCCUGGCAAUGAAACUGGUGGGGGAGGUGGCGGACUGCCAGGCAGGUGCACCUCCCCAUGUCAGAUGACAGGCUUCUCCUUCCAACCCCAUUAGCGCUGGCAAAGGCAGCCUGGUAGAUGGCCUGGCUCCACAUAGCCAAGUGCCCGUGCCUGGCACUUCAGCACCCUGCAGUGUAGGGAGUAAGGAGGACCCCGAGAGAGACUCCAAGCCCCAGCCAGGCUCGUCGUGUUCGGGGCGCCUGCCUCCUUGCCCAGCUUGGGACCACUCUGUCCCAGCAGAGCACCUUGUCCCUGCCCCUGCAGAAAAAGGUCUGGGACUUGGUGGUCGUGCCCAGUCUCAGCUUUGCCUUGUUCGUCCUUGUGCCCAGCCAGACAUCUCAGUAACUCCAUAGGUUUUAUAGGGCAGUUCUGCAUAGACUGUACAAUAAACGCAGGCGCCCAGUCUGCACACACUUUGCCAUCUA